UUUGGAGUUGCUACUUAUGAGGUCUUUCUCAAGAAGCCUGUAUCUCUCCCCUUUUCGCGCCAUGGCAGAGCUUCUAGCCCUUGAGAGAACCACGACGGAUGGCUGGUUUACUCGAUGCUAAAAGCCUCAGUCUGUGCUGGACGUUUGUUAGCCUGAUGCUCCAUGUAUAUAAUCUCUCGUACUCGCCACAUGGACGCGUAUGUUCAUUCUCCAAAGGGGCUGGGUUCUUUGCCGCUCAUGACUUAUCAAUUUAUAUGGGAAGAAUCUCGCCCUUAGUUCCUAACCACAUGGUAUUUGAUCAUGGAGUUACCUAGAAGAACAUCCUUAUCGUUAUCUGUCAAUAAGACUGCGCUUGCUUCAUCAUGUCGAUUGUGGGCGCAUAAUCCACUAGAAGUGUGUAAAUACUUGGUCGUCUCGGGGGUAUCUUUUUUCUAGUCUUCCUUUAAAAACAAAGCAUGUAUAUUCCUCA